CAACUUUUCAAAUGUUUUUGUUUACAUUAUUGUUGAAUUAAGCUAAUUAGUUAAAAAUGACCUUUAAACCUUGAUUUAAGAGAGAAAACGCUUUAAUAGUUUAAUAUCCGUAAUUUCCAACCUAUUUUAAUCAAUAAUCAAUGCAGUGCAAACCCCUAAGAGGAGUUUUACAAUGAUGAACUACUCCAGGACAAUAUUCACCAUUUCCAAGCUAAUUUACCCCAAAUACAACCCCAUAUGGUUCGUAAUCUACAUGUAUGUCAAAUACCAUUCAAUAUUUAAGCGCCAAAUUAAAUAUAAGUUAGAAACUUUACCCGACAAAGCUUUGCUGAACAUUUUACAAAAAGUUGCAAUGAGCAGCAGUGAUGUCCAUAACUGUGCCCUAGUGCACCCAGAAAACGUUUAUUUAAGUGACAAAAUACUUAAUUUACAUCAUAAGGAGAUCAAACAUGCUAAAAGUGCCAGAAUAGUUACAAGCUUAAGCUGUAAAAGGGACACUUUAUAUGUUUCAAAUACAUUUGUACACAACUUAAGUGUCCCCUCGGAUUGUGGGGACAUUAAACUGCUUAAGCCAUCUAAAUAUAUAGAGGUUGCACAGGAAAUUGAUUUAUCAUUAAUAUCUUGUCCACAUGACUUAAGUAAUGCAGUAACAGACUCUGUUGUGAAAAGUUACUUUAAGUACCCGAAGCUCAUUCAAGUCGGAGACAUUGUUAGUGUAAAUAUUAAGUAUUUUUGUCCAGCAUUAUUUUACACUGACCUUAAACUAAAUGGGGUCGAACAAAUCCACUUUAAGUGCAAUAAAGUCAUUUAUCAGAACAUACAGGUGCAGGGCCAGUUUUUCUGUGUUAUCGGCACAACUGCAAUAAAGCAAUCGGCAAAUUUGCAGAGUUACAUACCAAACGUGUCAAAACUUGCAACUAAAUCAGUGGAGUCUGGGGAGGAAAUGCUAAGUGGGAUUGACAUGUGUCCUUAUGGUUUGCAAAGGUAUUUGGGCGAGUUGACUUUGGCUGUGGCACCAUUUAUUAAAUCGAAAAACCUCAAAUUGAAACCCUUAUUCCUCCUGCAGGGUGAGGAGGGGUGCGGGGAGGAUUUACUACUGAAGGCAGUGGCGGCCCAAAUGGGGAUGCACCACUUCGUCAUUCACAAUUCGGAAAUUGUGGCCAACGUUUACGCACAGAACGAGAGCAAAACGAAUUCGUUGUUUUUCCAGGCCAAAAUGGCCGCCCCUUGUCUCGUCUCCAUUCAUAAGUUUGAGCAUAUUGGGCAAAAUGCUGAGGGCCAGUACGACCCCAGACUGACCAACUCCUUCUCCCACCAUUUGGAGGCUCUAUUCCAAAACAACCCUUAUCCAGUUAUCAUUUUCUGUUGCACUAGCUCUAAAUACAUUCCGGCUGAACUGAAGAGACUUUUCCUGGAAGCCUUCGAGGUGAACUCCCCCACAGACGUGGAAAGGGAGGAAAAUUUAAGGUGGAUCGUAGAGAUGAACGAUCUGACUGCUAAUGGAGAGGUUUAUGGAAAAGUGGCCAAUAAGACCCACGGGUUCUAUUUUAAAGAUUUGGAAGCUCUGGUGUACCAUGCUGCUUGUAAGGGAGAAGGGGUUUUGGAGGAAGAACAUUUUGAGGAGGCCUUGGAGUUUAUGCAGAAAAAUUACAACGAGAGCCUUGGGGCCCCCAAGGUGCCUAAAGUGCGAUGGGCUGACGUGGGGGGCUUGACUGACGUGAAGGAGGAAAUAAUUAAGACCAUUAACCUCCCUUUGAAGCAUCCAGAGUUCUUUGAGAAGUCCGGAUUGUCCAGAUCAGGCAUCCUCCUCUUUGGCCCUCCAGGCACUGGAAAAACCUUGAUAGCCAAAGCUGUAGCUACAGAGUGCAGCCUCUGUUUUUUAACAGUGAAAGGUCCAGAGUUGCUCAACAUGUACGUGGGACAGUCCGAGCAAAAUGUGCGAGAAGUGUUCCAGAGGGCUCGUCAGGCGUCACCCUGUAUAAUAUUCUUCGACGAACUGGACUCCUUGGCCCCUAACAGGGGGCUCUCGGGGGAUUCUGGGGGGGUCAUGGACCGCGUGGUGUCCCAACUUCUGGCUGAGAUGGACGGUCUGGAAACAUCUGGAAAGGUCUUUGUUAUCGGGGCCACAAACAGGCCCGACUUAAUAGAUCCGGCCCUGUUACGUCCCGGCAGGUUCGACAAGUUGCUCUACGUAGGACCUUGCGCAGAUCCGGACUCGAAAGUCUCAGUUCUAAAGGCCCUCACGAGAAAGUUUAACUUAAGUCCGGACCUGGACUUAAAGGAACUGGUGUUGACGUGCCCUAAGAACGUCACAGGGGCGGACUUUUACGGGAUUUGUUCCUGCGCAUGGUCCACGGCAGCCAAGAGGCUUAUAGGGGAUAUUCAACGGGAUGGAUUGAAUGCAGACGAUUACUCGUGCAGGGACAUCCAGGUCCGCACUGAGGAUUUUUUGCAGGCCAUCCGGAGCGUAAAACCGUCGAUUAGUGAGGACGAUUUGAAGUAUUUUGAUAAUUUGAAGAGGGAGUUGAGCUCUAGCUAGUGUAGGCACCAAAGGUUGAAGAAAUAUUGUUUUUUUAUAGUAUACAGGGAAGUUUAGGGUUUAUUUGUUAUAUUUGAAAAAUUGAGUUUUUUCAUUGUUUUUAGCAGGAUGUGAGGAUCUAUAUUAAAAUUGUUGCAAAAUUGU